AGGUAUGGCUAUUGGCUAGCAACUUCAAGUUCUCAACAAUAACAUGGCCUCGUUAUGGCGCGCAUGUGCCAAGCUCUCUCUUGUUGCCUCCGCCGUGGGCGGUGGCGUCACGGGGGCGCUCAUUGCAACCUCCGACGACCCUGAAACCGCCCUCAAACUUUGCGCCACCGUUCCCCAUCGCCUCUUCCGCGACGCCGUCACGGCUGCUAACAUCGCUUUCGAUUAUGAAUAUUCACUGUGGGGACUCCCCGAAGGAAGUAGUGAGAGGGAGAGAAUCAAGCAUGAAGUUCAUCUCAGGUCGGCGAGAAAACUUCAAGACCUGUGUUUUAAGAAUGGAGGAGUUUAUAUCAAGCUAGGACAACAUCUUGGGCAGUUGGAAUACUUAGUUCCCGAAGAAUAUGUUCGGACAAUGAGGGAGUCUAUGUUAAAUAGAUGUCCAGUUUCUUCAUAUGAGCAAAUAUGCAAUGUCUUCAAGAAAGAGCUUGGAGACACCCCAGAUAAUAUAUUUUCUGAGUUCGAUCCAGUCCCUAUAGCAAGUGCUUCCCUCGCACAAGUUCAUGUAGCCCGCACACAUGAUGGCCAAAAAGUCGCUGUGAAGGUUCAGCAUACUCACAUGACUGAUACUGCGGCUGCUGAUCAUGCCACUGUGGAAUUGAUUGUAAACACUCUGCAUAGGUUUUUCCCCAGUUUUGAUUAUAGGUGGUUGAUUGAUGAGAUCAGUGAAAGUUUACCCAAGGAAUUGGAUUUUUUAAUGGAGGCAAAGAACAGUGAGAGGUGUUUGGAGAACUUCCAAAAAAUGUCUCCUCAUAUUGCAAAUUAUGUAUAUGCACCAAAAGUGUAUUGGAAUCUGAGCACCUCAAAGCUGCUAACAAUGGAAUUCAUGGAUGGUGCUCAUGUAAAUGAUGUAAAGACUAUUCAGAAACUUGGGAUCAGUCCGCACGAACUUUCAAUAUUGGUUAGUCAAACUUUUGCUGAAAUGAUGUUCAAGCAUGGGUUUGUACAUUGUGAUCCACAUGCUGCUAACUUAUUGGUUCGCCCAUUGCCUUCCUACAAAGGUAGCAUCCUGGGCAGGAGAAAACCACAAUUGAUUCUAUUGGACCAUGGACUUUAUAAAGAGCUUGACUUCCAAACAAGAACUAAUUACGCUGCACUAUGGAAGGCAUUGGUAUUUGCUGAUGCUAAUGCAAUCAAGGAAUACAGUACAAAGUUGGGUGCCGGGGAGGAUUUAUAUGCACUUUUUGCUGGAGUUCUAACUAUGAGGCCAUGGAAUAGAGUUGUUGACACAUCUAUGGAUCAUUUAGUUAUGCAGGGAAAUGAGAGUGAUCGAUUAGAACUGCAGAUGUAUGCUUCUCAAUAUUUCCAUCAAAUCUCAGAGCUUCUAAGGAGAUUACCACGUGUGAUUCUUCUAAUGCUGAAGACAAAUGACUGUUUACGAGCAGUCAAUAAUUCUCUGUUACAUGGAUCAUCUCUGGAGACAUUUUUUAUCAUUGGAAAGGUUUCUUCGGAGGCUGUCAUUGAGGCAAAGUUGUCGCAAAGCAAAUCCCUUUUAACUUGGUUAAAUGUUACAUUGGAUAAGAUUUUCCUGGAAAUACGACUUUGGGGAAUGCAGAUGGCCUUGUGGCUUUUACAACUAAGAAAGGCGUUGCCGUGGUCUAGCCAAACAUUAUAGAAGAAGUAAUCGGCACAAUUUAUUUUCUGCUGCAUUAUUUUUUGAGAAAUAAGCUCUUAUGAUAUUCUUUGUCUCCGUGGUCAGAAAUUCCUUUCCAACUUUUGACUUUUGUUUGAGCACGGAUUGACGAAUUGAUUUUUAAGUAUUUUUGGGUUUUUAUUUGAAAUCUCAAAAUCAUGUUUGAGCAAACGCUAUAAGAGAUUUUGCUCAAAUCUCGAUUUUAGAUUUUCCAAAUCCAGAUUAAAUAUGGACUUUAUAGGUCAGGGAAAGGACUUAACCUGUACGCAUUACAGUAUUAAUGUAUUAGGUGAGGCAGAUUGUUGUUGUAAACCCCUAUUAAUAUAAGAAAGGUGCUUUGAGAAAUACAUAGAAUACUUUAAACAUCAAUUUCGAUGGUUACGACUGUAAUUUCU